AUGAACCUAAAUGUAAAUUGUAAUUACACCUUCGACUUUAUUUUGGGUUAUGCAAGAAAUUUUACGUCAUUUUAUGUCGGGUUCUUUGAAAAAUCUUCAUAUGUAGUUUCAUCUACCGAGGAAAAGGUGAAAAAGAAAUUCAAAAUACAAGCCGUUGAUAAGUUUGGUGCAGUUGAUAACCAAAGUGACUCUUCGUGGCCACAGUUGAGUGGGGGCACCCUUCAGACAGGUGUGGAAUACAUCGGAAACAGGGAAGAACGUUCACAGAAAGAACGAGAACACUCUCAGCAGCAAACAAAUACGUCAAGAAUUUAUAAUUUCUGUGAUUUUUACGAAGGAAGUUGCAUGACCAAUUCUUCAUUACGAAUCAAUGAAUCGAAAGCUCAUCAUGGCCACAGUUACAAACAACUGCGAACGUUCUUCUUAAUUCUUGACGAUGAUGAAGCAUAUUUAUCUUUUAGUUGUCCCAAGAUUGACAUCAAAUGCAACAAAUCGGGAAAAAAUUUGUAA